AUGAGGAAAUCUGGGUUGCGGGUGCCGACGAUUUUUCACGCGUUUGCCAAUCAGUCAGGAGGAUUCGAGACUGUUGGGUUCGAGAUAAAAGACAUAUAUAAUGCGAUAGAGAAGCAAAGGCGGGCUGGUGCGACAGAUGCGGAGUUCGCAUUGAAGUUCUUGGGAAAUUUAAGGACCACUGAUUCUGGGAUGUUCUGGAGGUACUCGCUGGAUGUUGACAAGAGGCUGGAAAAUCUCUUCUGGUGCGAUGGUACAAGUCGUUGUGACUACAGCGUCUUCGGUGAUGUCCUGGAUUUUGAUGCAACUUACGGUCGUAACAAAUACAAGUGCCCUUUGGUAAUAUUCUCAGGGGUGGACUAUCAUAUGCGGACGAUGGUGUUCGGCUGCGCCAUCUUGAGCAACGAGAGCGAAGCAAGCUAUGUGUGGUUGCUGCGGUCAUUCCUUGAGGCAAUGAAGGGAAAACAGCUGAAGUCUGUCAUCACGGAUGAUGACCUCGCCAUGAAGAGUGCGGUUAGCACAGUUUUUCCCAGUGCACAUCACAGGUUGUGUAGUUGGCAUCUGUUAAGGAACACCACUGCUAGAGUUGGACGGCCGAGUUUUCUUAGGAAAUUCCGUCUAUGCCUCAUGGGAGAUCUAGAGGUUGACGAAUUUGAGACAAUAUGGACGGAUAGCUUGGCGGACCACGGGUUGGAGGAUCAUCCGUGGAUAGUGGAUAUAUAUGCCAAGAAGCAUUCCUGGUCCAAUGCCCAUAUCCGGGGGGAAUUCUUCGCAGGACUGAAGACGACAUCCAGGUGCGAGGCUUUGAAUAUGCAGCUUGGAAAAUUUAUACACAACGGGUACGAUCUGAGGGAGUUUGUCGAGCACUUCCAACAAUAUUUAGAGUUCAUGAGAAGGAGAGAACUAGUGGCAGACUACAAGUCUGCGUAUGGCGAGCCUGUUGUGAAGACGAAACUCGAGGCCAUUGAGCAGUUCACUGCAAUGGUUUAUACAAGAGAGGUUUUUAAACUGUUUCGGGAGGUGCUGAUGCUAGCCAGCAACGUUAGAGUUGUGUCCACCAAGAGGACGAGCACUUGCGUUUUGUUCAAAGUUAUAAUAUACUGCAAGCAGAUAUCAUGGGUCGUGUCGUGGGCCGAGGAAGACGACAAAUUCAUCUGUUCUUGUCAGCAGAUGGAGUCCUUUGAGCUUCCUUGUGUCCACAUGGUUGGGGUUCUGGUUUAUCUAAACAUGACAUCUAUCCCCAAAGGCCUAAUACUUGACCGGUGGACAAAGAGGGCUAAGCAGCCGCGCGCACCCUGCGACGGAACUCGUGUUGGGGAGAUCCCAGACGCGACAUACAUGAGCAUCCACGCGGCGAUACUGGAUGAUUGCAGGGAACUGAUGAGCCUGUCUUGCCGGUUUUUCGAGGACUACGUUGACGUGAAAACAAGGUUGGCAAAGGAGCGUCAAUCUCUGCGGGACAAACAUCGCCAAAAGUUGGGUGUUGCUGAGGAGGUCAGCAGGGUGUCUGUUCGGGAUCCGAUGUGGACAAGAGGUGUCGACUGUGUGGAAAGGGCGGACACAAUUCUCGCAAGUGUCAACAAUCGAGUACGGGGGAGAACAUCGACAGUUUUGAGGCUAGCACGGCUUACAAAAGCAUGGAGGCAGGAGAGGGGGGUGAGGAGUACUACCAAUUUGAGUGAGCUGGCUGAACCGUUCUUGUUGGCGGGACGGAUGCAGUAUGCAGUGCAGCUUAUGAGGAUGUAUGCAGUGCAGCUUGUGAGGAUGUGCCUCCUCAAUGUGUUGGCCAUAUCGGUUGCGUUCAUGGAAGAAUGUAGUAUGCAGUGGAGCUUGUGA